AUGGACACCAAAACAAGCUACAACGGCUACCCGGCCACCACUCCCCAAUGGGGCCACGACACUCCCUCCUACGGGUACCCCCAGCAGCCCCCGGCCUACCAGCCCUACCAACAAUAUCCUCAACCUCCAAACCAACAACCCCAACCAGCCUACGCCAACCCCACCCCUCCAUCCACAAACUCCCCCCUCGGCCUCGAAGUCUCCUUCACAAGCUGGACAGGCCGCCACCUGCGCGUGACGCAGGAAACCCCCGACGGCGCCCUCCUCUACGCCGCCGACCUCAAAAACCGCAAGCCGCACAUGCUCUUCCAGGCUACCGGCACAGCAAACCUCCCUGCAACAGUCAUCUUCCACAGCUUCAGCCGCACCAUCGACAUCACCAUCAACGGGGCCGAGAUGCCCCUGCGCCCCAUGAGCAAGUGGAAGUACGGGUUCGGCUUUGACUCGCAUGCCCUGGGGAGACAGCUGACUUGGAAACGGAGUAAGGGCUGGAAGGGCCUGGGUCUUGAGUGUGUGGAUGCUGAUGGCACUGUGCUUGCGAUCUGGAAGGCGCAUCGUUCGUGGAGUGGGAAGAAGGCGGGACGGCUGGAGAUUUUGGGGACGGGGCCCGCGGGGAACGGGCUUGUCGAUGAGCUCGUUGUCACUGGGCUCGCGAAUGUCUAUCUCCAGAUGAUGCAGACCAUGGCGGCGAAUUCGGCGGGGGCGGCGAGUGCGGGUUCUGCGGCGGCGGUGUCGGUUUAG